AUGGCCAAGGUUACCGCACCUCCAACAGACUCCAGAUCUGUCGAUUCUAGUGCAGUUCCUAGAGUUGUGACCGAACGCCUGAUAUCUGAAGCACCUCUCGGUGAUGACGGAGGCAGCGUAUUUGGAUAUUUUAGCCGUGGCAAUUUGUUGGCCAGAGCGGGUCGGCCGAAUGCGCUCAUCGCAGAUACCUUCGCGCUCAGCCUUGGUGACGGUGUUCCAUUAUCAGUGUACAAUGAAGUAAUAGAGAGAGCCAUAAAGGCUGAAUCAAAAAUGGAGUCAAGUAAUGCAUUUAAAUGGUUCGUAACAGCCCGUUCGGCUAUAGAAGAAUUUGAGGAUACUCAUUUUCGUAAGAUAAGAAUUGAAGUACCAAAAGAUAUAAAUGAUGUAUUUGAAAAGAGACGAUUAAGAAGACAGAUGAAAUGGCAACAUAUUUUAGAAAAAUGCGAAGAAUAUGAUGUUAAAAAAUUAUUACACCGACUAGAACAAAAUAAAAUAUUAAAAGAUGAAUUUUGUUUACGAAUUUCCGUUGCUUAUGGUAUGCUAUCAAAAAUAAUUCAUAACGCAGUGUUAACACCAGGUUCUGGACAAAUAAGUUUCAGUUUUCUCACUACGGAUGAGGAUGUGAAUAAAGCUAUACAAAUUUUCAUGCAGGGGUUUGAAAUAAAAGAUCAGAUUAUUGAAACGAUCAAAUAA